CCUUUUGUUUUUUUCUAAUCAAAUCAUCAAAUUCAAAAAAGGAGGCUUCAAUUUUCACCUCCAAAAAGUCCCAACAGAUCAGAUCAGAUCAUCACCUAUUUUGAUGAAUCGGAUUAAUCAAAACUCUUAAUUUUAGGUUUUUGAUUUGAUUCACGGCCCAACCUUGCAAUUACUUGGUUUCUGAGUUUCGAUUCACAACCCUAACCUUGCGAUUGCUCGGUUUCUGAACCAAUUAUGAACUCGUUUGAUGAUAACAGUUGGGAUCUACUCGAUUAUGGCAGCUUCAUCGACGAUGUUACAUCGACCGAUCUCUAUUGGGGCAGCCAAAGUGCUGGUGUGAAGGCUGAUGUUUCACUUCCUGGGGCCACACCGCAAGAUGAGGAAUGCACAGAGAAAGAAUGCCAUAGGAAGAGGACACGGAAUGCUUCAUGCAGCAAACCAGGCACGAAAGCUUGUCGUGAGAGAUUACGGAGAGAAAGAUUGAACGACAGGUUUGUAGAAUUGAGCUCUAUCUUGGAACCUGGGAGACCUCCCAAAACUGAUAAAUUGGCCAUACUCGGUGAUGCCAUCCGUGUUUUGAACCAGCUGAGAGCUGAAUCUCAGGAGUUCAAAGAGACAAAUGAGAAGCUCUUAGAAGAGAUAAAAAGUUUAAAGGCUGAGAAGAAUGAACUUCGUGAUGAAAAACUCGUAUUGAAGGGGGACAAAGAAAGGAUGGAGCAGCAGCUGAAAGCUAUGCCUGUCUCUCCUGCUGCUUUUAUGCCGCCCCAUCAUCAUCCAGCAGCAGCAUAUCAUGCCGGGACAAACAAGAUUCCUGUUUUUCCCAGUUACGGGUUUGUUCCGAUGUGGCAAUAUCUCCCUCCAUCUGCCAUUGAUACGACGAAGGAUGAAGAGCUCAGGCCUCCAGCUGCUUAGAACUAGUUGCAAAUAUUUGCACCAAUUCCGGAUGCUUUAUUUUUUAUGAUUUCAUGGAUUUUUUAGCCAUUUCAACUUGUAAAUAUUGCUGCUCUAUUGUUCUAUUCUAAUUUGACCAAUUCUUCAAUAUUCUGUGAUUGGUAGGCUGAAUUGGAAGAAAUUAAUAGUUGGAUUAGAUUCGCUUUGUGUUUGGAACUUUUGAAAGACUUUGAAUUCUGGAAUUGAAUUUCUUCACAAAAA